CAUUGCGUCAUUUCCUGGUGUCAAAUGCUGCUGUGUGUGUGUUUGUGUGCAGAGAAAAGCGAAACCGCUGUUUCUGUGAAAAAGUAAAUACAUAAAACAAUUAGAAAUGGGCAAAGUAGAUAUAUUUUGCUCAGAUAAAGGGAACUGCUAGCCACAGACUCCACAGAGGAAAAUAAAGGAGAUUUUAUAGCAGUGUGUUCACGGCGCUUCUGAAUAUCUUAUUUGGGGAUGACCAGGCAGGUGUAAACAGGUCUCUUUGGAUACCAGUAUUUGUUGCAGUGCCGCUACAUCCUGCAAUGGCUGCAAACAGCCCCCCGGUGCCCCUGAAGGAGUUCUGCCCGCUGUACUACCUGCUGAAUGCCAUCCCAGCCAAGGUGCAGAAAGGGUUCCGCUCAGUGCUGGUGUACCUGACCGCUCUGGAUGCCAGCAGUGAGUACAUUGCAGUGGGCAGCAGUAUUGGGAUGCUCUAUCUGUACUGCAGGAGGCUGAACCAGAUGAAGAAAUACAACCUGGAGGGGAAGUCGGAAUCCAUUACCACAGUGAAACUGUUGAGCUGCUUCGAUGAUCUAGUGGCUGUUGGCACAGCUUCAGGCAGAGUGGUGCUCUUCCAGCUGGUCUGCCCUUUGCCUGGGAGAAACAAACAGCUGCGGCGCUUUGAUGUGGUCGGCCUUCACAAAAGCACCGUGACUGCUCUAGCUUGGAGUGCUAAUGGAAUGAAAUUAUUCUCUGGGGAUGACAAAGGCAAAAUCGUCUAUUCUUCUCUGGAUCUGGACCAGGGUGUUUGUAACCCCAGUGUGCUGCUGGAGGAGCAGUCUGCUGUAGUGCAGCUGGACUACAGUCAGAAAGUGCUGCUGGUGUCGACCUGCCAGCGCUGUCUGCUUUUCUACACAGAACACAACGCAGUCCAGCAGAUCGGAACCAAGCCCAGGAAAAGAAUGGGAGGCUGUGUAAAUGUCAUUUGUUUUGUGGUUAGUGAAAGACAGGGACUGGAACCCGUGUGCAUUUCUCUGGGAGACCACCACACCGCCUGGGCUCUGGACACCAAUGGGAAUCUCUGGUUCAGGACCGGAGUCACUCCAAAAAAACCUCAAGGGGAAGACGAUCACUGGUGGCAGGUGAGCAUCACAGAUUACGUGGUGUUCGAUCAGAGCAGCCUCUUCCAAACGAUAAUCCACGCCUCGCACACCCUGGCAAGUGCCGCCCAGGCACCAGUGGAGAAGGUAGCUGAUAAACUGCGAGUGGCGUUCUGGACACAGCAGCCUCAGUGCCAGCCCAGCCUCAUCAGCGUCAACACUGGUGGGGUCUGGAUCACCUCGGGGAGGAAUGAGUUCCACGUGGCCAAGGGCAGUCUCACAGGUACCUACUGGAUGAAUGUGGUGCCACGUGGAACUGCCUCCACUACCAAAUGGGCUUUCGUCUUUGCAUCGCCGGCUCCUACAAAAGAAGGGAGCUUCCUGUGGCUGAGGCAGAGCUGCACGGACUUGUUCUGCAUCAGUGAUCACAAUCCACAGUUCAGGCCAUCAACAGUGCAGCUGCCCCCUGAUGUAGAGAUGGUACAGAUUUCAGCCUGCCAGGAUGCAGUAUGGGGGCUGGACACGCACGGGUCUGUCUACAUCAGGUCUUUAUCGAAGACCUGCCCGUCAGGAAUGCAUUGGACCAGACUGGACCUCAGCCAGCUAGGAAGAAUAAAGCUGGCCAGUUGUUCCUGUGGGAGUCAGAACGUCUGGGCCUGUGAUGUCAAUGGUGUGGUGUAUUUCAGAGUGGGGACCCAGCCUCUCAAUCCAAGCUUGAUGCUGCCUGCAUGGAUAAGCAUUGAGCCGCCUCAGCAGCCAGUUGGGAUGCACCUGGUGAGUGUUCACACCAGUCCCAAUGACAAAAUGUUGUGGGCCGUUGACAGUAAAGGGAAUGUCCACGUGCGGACUGGAAUCACAGAGGACAUGCCUGUGGGGACUGACUGGGAGCACAUACCAGGACUGCAGGCAGGAGAGCUGACGGUGAGCAGUAGGACAGUUUGGGUGCGUUGUCCUAAUGGCGAUGUUGCUCGGCGAUACGGCAUUACCGAUAAAAACCCAGCCGGAGAUUACUGGAAGAAAGUCCCUGGAUGUGUCGCUUGUUUGACAGUGACUCCUCUGGAUGAGCUGUGGGCCAUCAGCCAGUCAGGGGGUCUGAUUCAGCGCCUCACCAAGACCUUCCGGCACGACAGCACUUCAGCAAAGCCCAGCGGCAGUGCAGUGUCCGUUCAGUCCGGGGACUUGGAGGAGGAAUGGGAAGUCAUAUAGAGAUGACAGGAGAAGCACUCUCUGAGGAACUUUGAACAAACGUGUUUAUACUGUAUAGUUAACAGAUGACUUUGCCUAUUACCUGUAUUAGUACAUGUAUAAAUUAUACUGACCUUUUUAUAAAUUCCGUUCUACCUUUUAAUAGCCGUGUGUGCUGCUGGUGAAACAGUGUGCUGUUUCAUGAGGGCAGUCUGUUGAUGGUUCACAGUGCAUUCAUUGUAUAGUAAUCGCUAUCCAGUUGAGUAAUUGCACUAGUUAUUUUAUCGACUCACUAGACACUGUAAAGGUAACCCAGAUGUUUCUCAGCGUUGCUCGCCUGUGCUGUGUAUUUCUGUAAUUUGGCACCGAUCUGCUUCCAUGUUUAUUUUAGAUUAUUUUCUAUUCAGGUCCUGGGAGCUUGCAGGGAAUUUACAGAGUGCAUCUUAAAAGCACUGUUUCGAAAGCCAGCCCUGUAAUCAGUUGAAGGUAACUUGCGUCAGAACUGUAUUAGGGUUUGUUUAAUGAUGUUUUUUGUUUUUGUUUUUCAUUUUAAUAAAUAAUGUGCAAACUUUGUGCUGGAA